AUGGGUGACCUCAUUACUGACUGGCUGUGUUAUAACUCUGAUAUUCCUUCAAACUUCAUUAACUUGCAUGGCUUUUCUCAGGUUAUACAGACAACUACUGGAAUAGAUAAAUCCACAAAAUGCCCUUUUUCCUACCAAGUAAACUUUUUAAUCUUAUUUACAGAAGUCGAGCUGUCUUGUAUCAUUAAAUCUACUGCAACUACCAAUCCGAGAAUUGAAUGGAAGAAGUUAACAUCUAAGGACCCCAUCUAUGUGUUUUAUCAGGAAAAUAUGAAAGAUCCCUUCUCUCGCCGAUUUACACUACUUCCUCCAGCCUCAUUGUCCAUACAAAAUGCAAGUAGAACAGACAGCGGAUCAUAUCGUUGUGAAGUAGUUGCUGAGAAUGAUGUAAAGACAUUAGCUGAGAUCACCAUUAACCUAACUGUUCAAGUGAAACCAGUAAAACCACGAUGUUCUGUGCCAAAAGCAGUGCCAGUGGGAAAAUCAGCAGAGCUGCACUGUAGUGAAAAUGAAGGUCAUCCACAGCCCAAUUAUUAUUGGUAUAGAGAUGGGGAUCAGUUGCCAGAAGACUCCAGAUCUGAGCAGAAGUUUAACAAGUCAUCCUUCACUUUAAAUCGAAGUUCUGGGACUUUGAAAUUCAUGGCUGUGAAUAAAGGAGAUACAGGCAAAUACCACUGUGUGGUGCGAAAUGCAGCAGGGUCAUCCCAGUGUGAGGCACAGAUUAUGGACGUAUAUGAUAUAAACAUUGCUGCAGUUAUCGUUGGUGUUCUUGUAGUUAUAUUGGUUUUGGUGUUAAUAUCUGCUGGCAUCUGCUGUGCUUACAAACGAGGAUAUUUUGCAAGCAAAAAAAGUAUAAACAGCCACAGAACCAAAGCAGAUGAUGUGGACUAUAUACAAGGGGAUAAUGAGGGAGACUUCCGUCACAAGUCAUCUUUUGUUAUCUGAAUAAUUAUGCAGUUGCUGUCAUUGCAAAUAAGGUAAAUGAAGAAAGCAUAUCAAGGAGCUCCCAGUCGUCAACCGACAGUAUUUGGUUUGCAUUGUAAUAAAAGCGUGUAAUGAACCUUAAAUGGAGGGUAGCUGCGUUAACUGCAAAACUUGACUUAUUUGCCAAAGUUUGAUAAGAUAACCACUGUUUCCUCACUAAUAAGUGUUUCUUGUAUUGAUAAUAUGGUAUUAAAUAUAUAUUUUUGAUGAUGUAUUUAAUAUAUAUGCAUCUGUAAAACAUUUACUUUUUAUAAACAUUCACAGUAUUAAUAGUGUUCCUGUCUUGAAGCAACUAAGAACAGCAUAAUUUUUGUAAAAUGUGGUAAAAGCACCAUUAAAGUACAGGCGCUUUCCAAAACAAGUCAGUGUUGUAUGAAACUCAAAAUGUAUAAGGUUAUUUCUUUUGAGUUACUUGCAAUAUGCUUAGUGGUACUGUGAACACUGUCAGUUUCUUAGAAACAAACUGGUUGGUUGCCAAGGUAUGGAAGCAUGACUUACCUUUCCGGUAAUACUGCAACAUAAAGCCAGAAACAAUGAACAAACCAAAUAAUCCAAUAUCAAAGCCUGGAAGCAGGACCAGCAGCCAGUAGUUGUAGAAAAUAGGUUCCUUUAUUUUUACGAACUGUCACAGCAAAUAAAACAAGCGCUUUCACUCAGGAAAUCCUGAGCUUUAUCAAGUAAUGGCUUUCAAUUAAAAAAAGUAUCUUAUAUACUUUGCAGCCGUGCCUAAAAAUACCCAACCCUUUUUUACUAAUUGAUAUUUGAAGUACCACUGCAUUCUAAUAUAUAUAUAUAUAAAAAAAAAAAAAAAAAAAAAACUUGUGAUUUAAAGGUGAAACAUCAAAAUAAUUCUGGUUGUUUAAAAUAUUAAAAUCGUGUUCAACAUACAGAUAAGAUAUCACAGUAGUUCUAUUGACAAUUAAAAUAUAAUUAAAUGCUUUAAGUAGUUGUCAGUUCGUAAAAAUAAAGGAACCUAUUUUCUACAACUACUGGCUGCUGGUCCUGCUUCCAGGCUUUAAUACUGCAACAUAGAUUUGUCAGUAUUAAAAGGCAUUUUCAUAUUCAGCAGACCUGCCUUAAUACAACACAGAAUUCUUUCAUGUUUAUUUUUAAGUAGGCACCAUAAUACUGUGCUUUUUAUAGAUCAAGAUUGCUGCAAUUUUGUGACUAAAAAAUGUGGAUAUUUUGAAUUGGUUCUUGUCUUAUGAUGUGACUGAGCUAUCUUUUACAAAGUUAAUUAAAUUAAAGAUUUUUUUGUUUUAUUUUUAUUUGCAAAAAUGUGCAAAACUGUAUUUGUUCCCUUUGUCUUUGUCUCAUCCAAAAUUAAAUUUUACUGUGACACUUAAAUAGGCAUCAGUAACAUUGAAACACUGUUUUUGUUCUCCCUGGCAGAAUAUUUACUGAAAUUAUAUAAUUUGGUCUGCUUUAAAAAUGCUUAAAAUGAAGGCAUUUGUUAUUUUCAUUCAUGUAAUAUGUGAAAUACAGUUUGUUAUAUUUGCUUUUAAUAUUAUUUGUAAAUUGCUUUCAUGUACUGUAUCAAGGAGUUUGAUUUGAUUUCUACAAAAGACUUGUUAUAAGAGUUUUGAAAUUAAACUACUGAAACACUUC